AUGGCAGAUAAAGAUACUACAGGAGAGCAUAGUUACUCAAAGCGAUCAACAGAUGAUCAAAGAAAGACAAAAGAGUCACCCCCAAGAAUUGAUACCACUCCUAAAACUACAGCAAAUAUAAUACCUCAAGCUACUCCAACCUUUCAAAUACAACCACAAUGGGGACAGGUUUAUCAGCCAAUGCAAAAUUGGCAAAUGCCAAAUUGGUAUUCUCCUUAUCAAAACUGGACAAUGGGCCCACCUCAAAUGACUAAUUUCACUCCAACCAUGUUUCCCAAUUUGAGCUUCAAUAAUCCGAUAUCAUCAACUUCACCUUCAGCGUCUCAAGGAGCUCCACCAAUAAAUACCACACAAACAGCUACCAAAAGCACAAGUACAACAAGCACUAAUAUGACAAAUCAACAACAUUUGAAUCCAUCAAAUAACAGGCCUAAUAUAUCCAAUGUUCCACAAGCAAUUCCUAAUAUAGGACAGAUUGGAGGUCAAAAUGUUCCACCAAAUAUCAUCCCACCACCACAAAACCCAGGUAUGUUCUGCCUAAAUGCAGUUCCAAAUGCCGACAUGAUAGGUAGCAUUAUUAACUCUUCACUUCGAGAUAAAAUAUGGUCCAAUGAAUUCGUAGAAUUGCAUAAGCUAAUCCAAGAUGAUCUUGAAAAUGAAAAUGAAGGUUUUGAGGUAACUAUAAAACAAGGAAAUCAAAUCAUCAUUCCUACCAAAAAGGGGAAAAAGUUUCUGUCAUAUCCUGAUUGGUCCAAGGCGAUGUAUACAUAUAUAAGCAUAUACAUCUUGAAAUAUCCUCAAACUGCUCCAGCAUUGAUGUCUUAUAUGGCAAACAUUCUAGAAAUGAAGAAUAGAGGUAUGAAUUGGGGGCAAUAUGACAGAUCAUUCAGACAAGCUAGAGCUAAUACCCUUGCACCUUUGGAUGUGAUUGAUGGGGCAAAAUGGUUGAAAGCAACACCUUAUUACAAAGUUAAUGUGGAUAAAUCAGACCAAGAUAAUUUAAAACGUUCAGAUCGUUCUGAUAACACAAUAGAACCAUUCAUACCCAAUGGGUUUUGUUGGAAGUUCCAUAAGGGGAAAAAAUGUGAAAAGGGAGAUUCAUGUGUGGGUCAUCAUUAUUGUCCAGCUUGUGGGGAAGGUGAGGUCCAUAGAGCAAUAAAUUGCAAUGAAGCCAAGGCUAAUCCUUUUCGAGGAAAAGGAAAAGGAAAAUUCCAAUACAGUCGAAAGCGAAAAAACUAACAUUUCAAAACUUCCAACUCCUGUCAAAUUGCAAACAUUAUUAGAAUGGUUAU